UAAUAUUAAUAUUAUCAAAUAUAUAUAUAUAUAUACGAACAUCUAUGAUCUCCGUCAACGAUAAUUACGAGAGCAUUUUAUGCGUUUUAUCAUUGCCGCCUGGUGGGAAUCGGCUUUAUAUUUUAACGAGGAAACAAUUUUACCGUUCGUUUUUCAAUAAAAUCCGUUUUUAAUAAUAUAUUUCAACCAAAGAAUACGAUAUUUUUUUAAAAUCACGAUGAUUAACGAAAAAUCGACUAUCGGGCAUUCGAGCAAAGUUGUGUACUGGAAACAGCGAAAUUCUGUUCCCAAGAUGCCAUCUUGGAAGUGAAUAUCUACGAGCAGCAAAUUGAUCGAUUUGGUUUCGCUUCGAGCAGAAAUUGUUGUUUAAGGAGAUUGGUAAUUUACUGAAGAAUAAUUGAGGAUAUUUACUAAAUACUUUGAUGCUUCUGUAGUUGAGAGACACGUUUCCUUCGCGUGAUUAGCGAGACUAACAAAGAGGUUGUUGUAAUUAAAGUUCUAGGCAUUUUCUUCGGUACGUAACGUUUACCACACAGACAUUAUAGAUUAGCGACGCACAAGAUGUUGCAGUAAACCGUACUCUAAGGAUGUAACUAAACACUUAUUGUAACGUUUAAACGAUCAGUAUCGUGUAUGUAACCUGUUUGUUUAAAAUAAAUAUCCAUUAAGUGUACAAAUAACAAGCUACGAUCCAUUCGUAGAAGUAGACCAACAAUUCAAUUAAUCGCCCCGGAUCAGUAGUUCUUUUCGUUAUUUUAUGUGCGAUCGAUUCCUUCAAUAAUUUCCAACGAAAUUUUCACUUGCACGUAUGGGGCAAAUGAUCUUUUAAUAAAAGUUCUACAAUAAAAAUUGAUUAGGCCGCACGUACGGCACUUAAAUUUAAAUAUUACUCGGCUCACUUCGUAGAUGACGCUUCGGUCGCGGAAAAAUCAAUGUUUACGUCGUCCACGUGAUUUUGACAAGUUACAUAUUCUACUUGAAUAAUUUUGUAUAAAUUUGCAUAAUCGCGUGCUCGUACACGAAAGUGUCGUUCAGUUAUAAAUAGAACACAAUUUGUACUUAAGUACCAGGAAGUUCAAUCAUGGGAAAAAGGUAUUACUGUGAUUACUGCGACAGAUCGUUCAAAGAUGAUCCAGAGGCUAGAAAAAAGCAUCUUUCGAGUUUGCAGCACGUGAAAAAUCGUGCAGACCAUUAUAAUACAUUCAAAGAUCCCGAAGUUAUACUGAAAGAAGAAAGUUCGAAAGUACCAUGUAAAUGGUAUAUGAACAACGGCGAAUGUGCAUUUGGUCUUGGCUGCAGAUACUCCCAUUAUACUCCUCCUAUGAUAUGGGAACUCCAAUGCCUUGUUGCGAUGAAAAAUCAAUCGAAGCUGAACUUAGCGCCUGAGAAUGGCUGGCCCAAUCCUGAUGACAUAAUCAAAGAAUAUUUCGAGAAUUCUCCAAGCACGAGUAGUUCAGAAGAUUUUACUUAUCCUACGUGGCAUAGACCUCUGGAAUUACAAAAUUACAGUAUGCUGCCGCCAUCACUGUGGCCGAUUACUCCAGAGAGUUUAACAAAUACCACAGCAUUUACAGAAUGGGGAUAAAAAUUCUAAUUUAUUAAACAAAAAUAAAAUUUUAAUUGUACUUUUUUAAUCAAGAGACUGAUUGUAAUAAAAAUAAGCUAAAUAGGAACUAAUUAUUUGUACUUAAAAUCGAAGGAGAUUUUCGUUGUUUGAAUAAAAUAAUGAUUUAAGUGUU